UUUUGGGGGAAGUGGUUUUGAAUAACAAUGAAGCCCCUACUGACACUUCUGCAUCUUCUUUCUGUGUCCAGUUCACUUGAUAUCAAUGAUGAAAAGACUUGCAAUCCGUCAUCAUCCCGUCUCUCUGUCCUCUUCCUUCACUCCAUGUUCCCUUCUCACUAUUAUCCACUAAUAUCACUUGGGGCUGAGCUUGUAUCCAGAGGCCACAAGGUCACAUCAUUUGGAGUGACUAUUGAAGGAUUUGAGCACAUACCUAGCCUCAUUAGGUCUUAUGGUAUAAAUUACAUAGAGGGCAUUAAAAUGAAAAGGGACAUAUAUGAUGCUUACAUUAGACAUACUCAAGGAACCAAUAUCACUGGGAAUGUAUUCUCUAUUGUGUCCGAUAUACGCAAUGGGAUAUUUCAAGAAAGAGACUAUCUCUCAAGAAUGGGAAAAGCAAUACAGACCAAGUUAAAUAGCAGUCACUAUGAUUAUAUCAUCGGUGAACAUGCAACCAUGGCUUUAAUCUAUCAUGUCCACAAAAUAUGGAAGACAGACAACAUAAUGCUUGUGAUGCUUAUAGUUGGUUUGAUUCCACAGUACAUCAUUCCUUGGCCUUAUCCUAAACCUUUUACUCCAAUCACUGAUAAUAUGUCAUUUCUGGAUAGAUUCAUUAAUACUGUUCUUUAUGGGCCAAUGGAAUACAUUGCAGUUCGAUUGUUUAUGAAGGCACUGAUUCCAGAAGGGGAGGAAUCCCUCAGUGAACCAGGGCUGCAUUUGAUAUACCAGCCAGUACUACUUACCACAGUCAUUGGGUUCGAAAGACCAGUACCAUCCCUACCAACACAGCACUACAUAGGACCAAUGCUGCUACCUAAUCAGCCACCACUUGAUUCCAAACUAAUCUCUUGGUUAGGGGCAGAUUCUGAGUCACCAGUCAUAUACAUUAGUACUGGAACAUUGACAGGAAUGACUCAAGAGACGGCUGAUAUUAUCCUCUCACUUUCUGAUCAAUACAGACUAUUGUGGUCAAGACCUGGUCGUGAUGAUGUUAGAGAGAGGCCUAACACUAAUCAAGUUUACAUUACAUCGUGGCUAGAGCAAACCUCUUUACUAAAGCAUCCAUCAGUCAAGCUAGCACUGCUACACUGUGGUGUCAAUAGUGUCCAUGAAGCUCUUUAUUUUGCUGUCCCAGUUUUGUGCAUACCACAAGGUGGGGAUCAAUUUGACAUUGGUUUUAGACUAACGUCACAGAAACUUGGAAUAAGCAUCACUGCUAAAGAACUGACAGUUAAAAAACUAAAAGAAUCAGUAGAAGCUUUGAUGACAAAAAGCAUUUACAGGAAAAACGUAGAGAGGACUAGUCGUCUUUUACGAGAAGGAGGUGGAGCAAAAAGAGGUGCAGAUCUAGUUGAACUGUAUGCUGAAGUAGGAUACAGUCACGCCAUGCCUCCAUUUAUUCGUGGUGAAUGGAACUCGAUAAAAUAUUAUAACAUUGAUGUGUGGGUAGUAAUAUUGAGCAUGGUAGUUUUAUUAUUUGGUGGCUGCAGUAAGUAUUGUUGUCAUUGUUACUGCUAGACACAAAAAGAAUAAUGUUGAUUAAUGCGUGGGUUGAAUACCUAUAGAUUUCCUGGGUGCGUGGGCGGCACAUCUGUCAGGCGGGGCCUGCUCCGCCUGAUAUGAUGACUGAGUUCACACUUCGGAUAAGAAAGAGAAAUGAAAACUCUGGUAAUCUUUCUUUUAAUAAUAUCUUGCUCCUGUCUUCCACUAGCUAUUGGAUGUAGUUGUCAUCCUGAUUAUCUGACUAAGCCCAGAUCAGAAGUAAUCUGUUUCGCCUACUCAAACGAGGCCUCAAUCUACAAAAUCAAAAUUGUAGCAUCACAAUGCAAAUGUCUCCUUGGUCAGAGCCAACGGUUUUCUUGUAUAGAUUUCAGACUGAAUUCCAGUCAAAAUGUAGUGGGUAGGGUCCGAGGAUUGUUUGAAUGCCAAGGCGGAGGAAUGCCUCACUUGGAACUGUUCUACUCUAGCUGUCAAUCAGUCAUUAACAAAGCUGGUGGAAGAAGCAUGUCUAUAACUAAUGAUACUACUAAUGUGGAGAAUAUUGCAUGCAACAGUACAAAUCAGUAUGGCAUUGAGAAAGAUGGCUGCGAAGUGUCAUACCACCCUUGCUACUACUCUGGAAUUAUCGAGGCCGUUUACAAAGGAAAUUUGCAGGUUGGAGUGUCAGUGAAUGUUAGUGGUCCUGAUGUGACAACAACCUGUGGUCAGUAUGGACGUGUUCUCACUGUAGGAGAGAGUUAUAUUGCUGGCAUUGGUGGACCAUGCUUCACGAUUGAUCCUUGGUCGACUUAUAAUAGUUACACUAGUGAUGAUAUCCAACUAUUGGAAGGAUUGAGAGAUGGAGGAAAUACAAACUGUACCAAGAUCACAUCAACUACUGUAAGGAGCAGUGAUGCAACUCACGUAAGAAGCCACACAACUCGCAUAAGCAGCAAUAUAGCUCAUACAAGCAGUGACACAACUCACACAAGCAGUAGCAGUAUUAGAAGUGUGAGCAGCAUUAGAAUAAGUACUCCUACUCCGCCUACAGUCUCAUCCGGCUUAUCCCAGGAAGGCUCAAUCAUAAUAGGACUCUCUUCAUUCCUUGGCCUACUGCUUGUAGUAAUCAUUAUUGGUUUCAUUAUUACCAUAAUCAUCAUUAUGAAGAGGAAAAUGUCCAGCCAGAGAAGAGGGCGCAGGAUUACAAGUGGUGUUGUAGAAAUUGAUGUGAGGGAUGAGGAGGUGAAGAUACAUAAUGAUGAGGACAUCACAAGUGAUGACAAAGCCAUCAUUUUUAAUUCUUAACAGUGACUAGAGUCUUGCUAGAGUAAAUACAUUCCUCCUAAUUAACUUAUCAUUAAUUAUCUCACAUUGUUAUUGUUCAAGCAAGUCAUAGGUGUACUAAGCGUGAAUAUCUUUAUAAUUAUCAAUAUAAA